AUGGGCGACGCUAUCAAAAUUGACAGUACCGCCUUUUCGAAUCGGCUCUCGAGCUUUUAUUCGGCAUGGAAGGCGGACAAGAGGUCGGGAAGCCAGAUCUUUGGCGGUGCUUCGUCCAUCGUGAUCCUCAUGGGCAAGACUGAGGACUCGAACUCGUUUCAGAAGAACAAUGCGAUGCAUUUCUGGCUUCUCGGCUAUGAGUUUCCUGCCACCCUUUUCCUCUUUACCACUGAGGCGAUGUAUGUGGUGACUACCGCGAAGAAAGCCAAACAUCUCGAGCCACUACAAGGCGGCAAAGUACCAGUCGAGCUCAUGAUCACAUCCAAAGACGCAGAACAAAAGACGAAGAUUUUCGAGAAAUGUCUAGAUAUAAUCAAAAACGCCGGGAAGAAAGUUGGAGUCUUGCCAAAGGAUACUUCGUCAGGUCCGUUUGCUGAAGAAUGGAAGCGGAUGUUUGGAGAUAUUUCCAAAGACGUGGAAGAGGUGGACAUUGGACCCGCUCUAUCAGCCCACGCUUUCUCAGUUAAAGGCCCGGAAGAAUUGACAUCGAUGCGAAAUGCGGCCAGAGCUUGUUCUGGACUGAUGUCCGAAUACUUCGUAGAGGAGAUGUCAGAGCUCCUCGAUGAAGAGAAGAAGAUGAGCCACAAGACUCUGUCCGGGAAGAUUGACGCCAAAAUCGACGAUGCGAAAUUCUUCAAUAAGUUGGCGAAACUGCCAACCGGAUUUGACGCACAGCAGAUUGAUUGGGCCUAUGGACCCGUCGUCCAGAGUGGCGGCAACUACGAUCUGAGGUUUUCUGCAACCCCUGACGACAAGAACCUGUCUCCCGGUAUAAUCAUUGCAGGAUUCGGUAUUCGCUACAAGACUUAUGCAGCCGUCAUUGCACGAACCUUCUUGGUUGAUCCCAGCAAAUCUCAAGAAAAUAACUACGGUUUCCUCCUUGCCGUAUACGACGCAGUCGUGAAGGAUAUCCGGGAUGGAGCUGUAGUGAAAGACCUUUACAAUAAAGCCCUAGGAAUGAUCAAGGCAAAGAAGCCAGACUUGGAAAAACACUUCGUUCGCAACAUCGGUGCUGGAAUCGGCAUUGAGCUGCGUGAUGCCAACAUGAUCCUUAAUGGAAAGAAUACCAAGACUCUAAGGAGCGGAAUGACUCUUUGUGUGUCUAUUGGAUUCACGGAUAUCACUGACCCAGACCCCCAGGACAAGAAAAAUGCAGUCUACUCGAUGGUGGUCACUGAUACGAUCCGUGUAGGUGAGAGUGGCCCGCUCGUUUUCACUAAAGAUGCAGGAAUCGACAUGGAUUCAGUUUCGUUCUACUUCGGCGAUGAGGAGGAAACCCAAAAGCCAAAGAAAAGCCAGAGCGAGAAUGCCAGAAGUAGCACCAUUAUCAGCAAGAAUAUUAUACAAACAAAGCUACGAGCUGAGCGUCCAACUCAGGUCGGAGAUGGUGCUGAUGUACGUCGACGUGAGCAUCAAAAGGAAUUAGCUGCAAAGAAGAACAAGGAGGGCCUGGAACGGUUCGCCGGUACCAAGGGAAACCAAAACGGGGUUGCUCAGAAGACUUUCCAGCGCUUUGAAUCCUACAAGCGAGACAGCCAGCUCCCGUCCCGUGUUAAAGAUUUGAUCAUUUAUGUUGACCACAAAGCUGCGUCCGUCAUCGUUCCUAUCCUGGGUCGUCCAGUUCCCUUCCAUAUCAACACGAUCAAAAACGCAAGCAAGAGCGACGAAGGAGAAUAUGCUUAUUUGCGUAUUAACUUCCUAUCUCCUGGUCAAGGUGUUGGAAGGAAAGAUGACCAACCAUUCGAAGAUGCAUCGGCACACUUUGUGCGAAAUCUUACCCUUAGGUCCAAGGAUAAUGAACGGUUUGCCCAAAUUGCAAAGGAUAUCACCGAGCUUAGGAAGAAUGCCCUUCGACGAGAACAGGUGAAGAAACAGAUGGAAGACGUCGUGGAACAAGACAAACUUAUUGAAAUAAGAAACCGCCGACCUAUCAAGUUGCCGGACGUGUAUCUUCGACCACAACUCGAUGGCAAGCGUGUUCCAGGAGAAGUCGAGAUACACCAGAACGGUCUUCGUUACCUAUCUCCUCUACGAAGUGACCAUGUCGAUGUCCUAUUCAACAACGUCAAGCAUUUGUUCUUCCAACCGUGUCAGCACGAGUUAACAGUCAUCAUUCACGUUCACCUCAAGACGCCAAUUAUGAUCGGAAAACGAACGACCAGGGAUGUCCAAUUCUACCGUGAGGCCACAGACAUGCAAUUCGACGAAACUGGCAACAGACGACGAAAGCAUCGAUAUGGAGAUGAAGAAGAAUUUGAGGCUGAACAAAACGAGAGGAAGCGCAGACAAGCGUUAGAUCGAGAAUUUAAGGCUUUUGCCGAGAAGAUCUCUGAUGCUGGAAAGGAUGAGGGUGUUGACGUUGACAUCCCAUUCAGAGAGAUUGGUUUCACCGGUGUUCCUCACACAUAUCGAUCCAAUGUCCUAAUCCAGCCAACUACUGACGCAAUCGCGCAAUUGACUGAACCUCCAUUCCUUGCGUUGACCUUGAGUGAGAUCGAGGUUGCUCACUUGGAGAGAGUACAGUUCGGUCUCAAAAACUUCGAUCUAGUGUUCGUCUUCAAGGACUUCCACCGCACACCAAUGCACAUUAACACCAUUCCUAUGGAGAAUCUCGAAGGUGUCAAGGACUGGCUUGACUCUGUCGACAUCCCCUUCAGCGAAGGUCCACUCAACCUCAGCUGGGGCGCUAUCAUGAAGACCGUCACCAGCGACCCACACGGCUUCUUCGUUGAUGGCGGCUGGUCGUUCCUUGGUGGCGAUUCCGACUCCGAGGGCGAGGGCGAGGAAGAAGAAUCAGCAUUCGAGAUGUCUGAUUCUGAAGUCGCAGCGGACGAAAGUUCAGAAGAGGAGAGUGGCUAUGAUGAUGACGAUGCUAGUGCCGAGAGUGAGGCUGCUAGCGAUGACGAGAGCGAAGAAGAGGGCGCCGAUUGGGACGAAUUGGAAAAGGAGGCUAUUAGAAAGGAUAAGGAGAGUGCCAGGGGAGGCCACGAUGAUGGAGAAAAGGCAAAGAAGAGGAAGCGUUAA